CAGCCAGGCCGUGGGCACCCGGGCGCCGCUUCACCGGCAGGCGAGACGAGGCACGGCACAGCGGGCACCCCGGAGGGGCGACAGCUCAGCCCGCCGGUGCACGGGAGGGCGACGAGGGGAGCGCGGCCGGGGCACCGAGCCCGGACCGCGGCGGACAAUGGCAGAGGGUGACUCGAGUACGCCGGGGGCGGGCGGCGGCCCUCGACCCCCGCCCCGCUGGCUGCCCAUUGGGACCGAGGCUGGAACUGGGACCAGGGCCGAGGCGGGGCGGGCGGCCCAAGCCGCUGGGCAACAGCCACCGCCCGUCGGCUGCCCCGCCGGGGCGCAGGGCCCAGCCGACUCCAUUUUGUUGGCGCCCGCUCCGCUGCCGCACGCAGGCCCCGCGGCCGACGACGCGGAUUGGGGGAGUGUCGGGCGGCGGCCAACUGGGGCGCCGGGGCCCUCAGGUGGAUGCUCGCGGCCCGGCAUGGAGCAGGCCUGCGAAGUGAGCCGCCGCAGUUGCCUCGUCCCCUUCGGCACCUCGCUGGCGGUCGCCGAGGCCAAAGGCGGCCCCUUCGGCGAAGGCCGCGGCAACGAGCCGCCGGCCAUGCAGCUGGCCACUGCUAAGUCUGUCUACAGCCAGGACCCUUCGUCCUGCUACAUCCCGCUGCGCCGGCUGCAGGACUUGGCCUCCAUGAUCAACGCCGAGUAUCUCGGUGGUGCCGCCGACGGCGCUGAGGCCCUGCCCGACCCCAGCUCGCCACCCCCACGUCUUUCUGCACAGCAGGACCCAGCGGCAGGCGCUGACGGACCUGGCCCAGCGGUCGAGGCGCCCCACGGGGCCCUGGCCUUCCCUCUGCUCCUACGGGACAGCGGGGAGGAGGUGGCGGCGGAGGAGGAGGAGGAGGGCACCGAGACGCCGGAGGAGGAGGAGGAGGAGGAGGACGACGACGACGACGACGACUACGAGGAGGAGGAGGAGGAAGAAGAGGAGGCGGUGGACGGGGAGGAGGAGGUGGCGGCCGAGCCCGGCUCGCAGAGUCGAGGCCACCCCGGGCCGCAGCAGGACCCGGGCAGCCCGCUGCCGCCCCGCUUGCAGCCAGCCGAGCUGGUAUCGACGACGGUGCCGGACGGCGGCCCCGGGGAGAAGCCGGAGCCUUCCGCCACCGCCGCGGCGACGGCCCUGCAGCUCAUCCGAGCCAAGAAGAAACCUACUCCAGUGAAGUAUGAAGUUGGGGAUCUUGUUUGGGCCAAGUUCAACAGACGCCCAUGGUGGCCAUGCACAGUUUGUCAUGACCCAGUGCUGGACUGUCACUCAAAAAUGAAAGUUUCCAAUCGGAGGCCAUACCGAGAGUACUAUGUGGAUGCCUUAGGAGAGCCUUCAGAGAAAGCCUGGGUUGCUGGGAAAGCAAUUGUCCUCUUUGAGGGAAGACAUCAGUUUGAAGAGCUGCCUGUUCUUCGGAGAAGAGGAAAGCAAAAGGAAAAAGGCUACAAACAUAAGGUUCCCCAAAGAUUUAUGGCUAAAUGGGAAGUCAGUGUUGGACAGGCAGAAGACCUUCUUCUCGGGGGGCCAGAGGAUCAGAAGUGCAGCCAGAACUCCAGCGAGCCGGACAGCGAGAAGGAAUUGCAGUCGGAAUACUAUGCCAACGGCCCUGGAGCAGAAGGGGAGGGGCAGCUGAAUGGCUGUUUUAAAUCCUUGGCAUUUGACUCCAGACACCUGCCCAGUGAAAAAGGAAAAUUGCACAUUAAGCCACACGUCAAAAAGAGCUCCGACAGCAGAAAAAGGACUAGAGUAAAAAAGAGUGGUGCAGGAAGGGAAGCAUCUAGGGGAGAAAUCAAAGUAAAACCACCAGAGAGCAUAGUUAAAAACAUGAUUGCUGGGGACCUACCAGAUAAGCACGCAUCACAUGAACUUCGACGGAUUGCCAGCAGUCUAACAGCAUCCAGUGGCACCAGGGAAAACCAUUUGCUUUCCUCCUUUGGAGAAAGACAUUUUGAAAAGACAACUUUGAAACCGGACUAUGAGAACUGUAAAAACGAUGCUCUGAAGAACACCCUCCAAGGGGACUUGUUUUCUAGUGCAUCCUUGGAGCGAGAGAAGAGCUCCCUGGGCAUUGUGUGCAGUUCCAAAUUACAAAUACACUAUUCUGCAUCUGAUACUGGUAUUGAGAAAAAGCAAACUGAAUCAGAUUCAUCCUCUUCCCUCUCAGAUGGCGGGAACAGUGAUGUAGAUACCAUGGACCAAAGUUCAGAGAGAGCCUUUAGCGCUCUUGAAGUUAGUGAUUCUUCAGAUAAAGUGGAGAAGGAAUUUCCCAUGACAUCCAGUGGCAACAUGAAGCUUUCCAUGUGUCUUCCUCAGAAGAGCAACAUAAGGGCCAGGAAGAAGUCGUACCGGGAUCGCAAACCUCUGGGAGGUUCAGUAACGAGCAGACUUGAUGCUGGAUUUGCAGAUCGGGGGAUUGAAGUAGGUUUCUCUGAGGCCGAGAUGUCAUUGACGGCUCUUGAGUGCUCCUCAAAUGUGAGAAAUGACAGUCUUUCCCUUCCAAAGAAGCACACUACUCCCCAAAGUGCUUCCAAGGACAGCUCCUGGCCUGCUGUUGCAAAUCAAGCGACCUUAAAACCGAAAAGCAUGAAAUUGCCCCGAAUCAGGAGUAUAAAAUGCAAACAUAAAGAAAAAGUUGCUGGGUUGCAGCCUUCUCUUGCCGAAGAGGAGGGUGGUGUGAAUCGCUGCUCUUCCGUUACCAAAGGUUUCUCUGGCCUUCAGAAAGAUUCUGUUCAGAGAAGCAGAAAAGCCGAUGGCCAGAAACUGUUGAACAACUUGCAUGAGAAAACCAGGGAUUCUGCUGAAAUAGAAACAGCUGUGGUGAAACACGUCUUGUCCGAGCUGAAGGAGCUGUCUUACCGCUCCAUCAACGAUGACGCUGGCGAUUCCGAUGCCCCGAAGGCUGCACCUUUACUUUUCUCUUCCGCCUCUGGUCAUGGUCGAUUGCCUAUUGAGCCAGAUUACAAAUUCAGCACCUUGUUAAUGAUGUUGAAGGAUAUGCAUGACAGUAAGACAAAAGAGCAACAACUGAUGACUGGUCAAAAUAUAGUCCCCUUUCGAAAUACCAGCACGGCUGAUGGUUCUGGAAGCAAUUCUGCGAGUGGUCUAAAGUCCUUGUCUAUUGUAGGUCCCCCAUAUAAAAUAGAAAAGAAUGGAGAUUGUGUCCAGGAAACAGCAAAUCCCAACUCUGCUAUAAGCAACUCCUCACUUCCACGCAGUCCUCCAGCCAACGUGACAGGGGUUGGUACUGGUAAAAAGGAGCCCGUGAGUGCUGCUAUUUCUGGGACAAACGGCACAAAUUGUGUGCCCAAACGCAACUGUGCAAAAUCUAAGCAGUCAUCAAAGCUUGGAGAUAAAACAGUUUCAAACAGAAAGGACUUAAAACCAGGAGGGCCAAGUAAGUUGCUCAGUCGGUUAUCCAGAGAUUCAGGAGAACGUGCAUUCCGUGUUCGUGGUUCAGUUACCAGUCCUCUAGGUAAUGAAGCAGAAGAUACUGAGAGGAAAGAGUCUAUUGAUUUAACAGAACAUUCAACUGAUGAAGAGUCUGCCUGUUUAUCUGAUGACAAUUUAGGUCGUGUUGGAAGGAGACCUGAAGCUGGUAGAAAUAUUGAGAGCUGCACUUCAGCUGAAAAUGGGGAGAGUCCAGACUUGGAUUCAGAGGCAAAUAGUGAGAGCUCUCUUGGUGAUGAGUCUAAUGAUGUAAAUCACGUAGCACCGAAAAAGCGAUGGCAGCGUUUUAACCAAAGCAGUGCUAGAUCUAAUAAGCACACCAAUAGAUCUAGGGAACAAGGAAACUUGGAGAGUGCCUUUGGCCUGAAUUCUCGUGGCUUUUCACUGAAGGGAAAUGAGUGCUUGGGACGUAGGCAUUCCCCUCAUCCAAAGGUGCUUGAGGGAGACCUGACAGAGCAGGACUAUGAGAAUCAUUUAGACUUAGUUGAGAAGCAUUUGAAUGUAUGUGGUAAGCCAAACAACAGUGUGAUGGACUCAGAAACAGAGCUUGGCAACUUUGCUCCCCAGUCUGAAUUCUCUGCACAAGCACAUUCAGAGAGGAAGCGCCUUAGAAAGCCAAGCAAACGGCUUCUGGAAUAUGCAGAAGAAUAUGAUCACUUAUUUGCACCCAAGAAAAAAUCAAAGAAGGGCCAAGAGCAAUUGCAAAAGGUGAAUUCUGUGGCGAGGUCUGAAUUUGAAGGAGGUCUUCCUGCACAAUGCAGUCCUGACAGAGAUGCCCAGCGGGAGACAAGUCCUUUGGUUUCAACUCCAUCUUCAUCCAAAGAGUCCCCUCCCAUCCUUGAAGCGGAGCGCCCCUUCUCAGAACUAGGAUCCCGUUCUGCUGAUCCCACUGAUCAGCUUGUAGAACAACCUUCAGAUUCCCCAGAACUGGUGCUGUCUUCCUCAGAUGUUUCUGAAGUUUCUGCUUCUCCAGAUGCAGAAGAGAGAUUUCUGAAAUCAGGAAACUUUGAAAGCAAGCGUCAGCGGAAGCCCACGAAAAAGCUCUUGGAAUCCAAUGAUUUGGACACUGCCUUUAUGCCAAAGAAGGAAGAGUGGACUCCCCCAAAGAAGGGUGUUGGCCCUUCGGAGAGUGACAGUUCUGAGCUCUACUCGCCAGCCCACUUCUCGGAUCUGGCAGAAGCCUCUGAAAAGCUCUUGGAGAAGCAGCGGAAGCGGAAGCGACAGCGUCACCCCUCUGCUGCAGUGCACCCCAAAAAGGAGAGGAAUGAGAUGCGGCUGAGGGUCACCCCACACUCAGAGGGGGAGGCACUGGUUCAUGGGACUGCUGUAAGCCCCAAAGAGGGUAACGAAGAGGGGUCAGAGAACGACCAUGGAGUGCCUUCGUCUAAAAAGAUGCAGGGGGAGCGUGGAGGAGGAGCAGCUCUCAAGGAGAACGUGUGUCAGAUCUGCGAGAAGCCAGGGGAGUUGCUGCUGUGUGAGUCUCAGUGCUGUGGUGCUUUCCACCUGCAGUGCCUUGGGCUCUCCGAGAUGCCAAAGGGCAAAUUCAUCUGCAAUGAGUGUUCCACAGGGGUCCAUACCUGCUUUGUAUGCAAGACCUGCGGGGAAGAUGUGAAACGGUGCUUGCUGCCCCUCUGUGGGAAGUAUUACCACGAAGCCUGCAUACAGAAGUACCCCCCCACAGUCAUGCAGAACAAGGGCUUCCGAUGCUCCCUGCACAUCUGCAUGACUUGUCAUGCUGCUAACCCAGCAAACAUCUCUGCCUCUAAAGGUCGCUUGAUGCGCUGCGUGCGGUGCCCGGUUGCCUACCACUCCAACGACUUCUGCCUUGCUGCUGGCUCCGUGGUCCUCGCCUCCAACAGCAUCAUCUGCCCCAAUCACUUCACUGCACGGAGGGGCUGCCGCAACCACGAGCACGUCAACGUCAGCUGGUGCUUCGUCUGCUCGGAAGGGGGCAGCCUUUUAUGCUGUGAGUCGUGCCCGGCUGCGUUUCACCGUGAGUGUCUAAACAUUGAGAUGCCAGAGGGAAGCUGGUAUUGUAAUGAUUGCAAGGCAGGCAAAAAGCCACACUACAAGGAAGUAGUCUGGGUGAAAGUUGGGCGCUACAGGUGGUGGCCAGCUGAGAUUUGCCAUCCUAGGACAAUUCCUGUCAACAUCCAGAAAAUGAAACAUGACAUUGGCGAAUUCCCUGUGCUGUUCUUUGGCUCCAAGGAUUACCUGUGGACCCACCAGGCCCGAGUGUUCCCUUACAUGGAAGGUGAUGUCAGCAGCAAAGACAAGAUGGGGAAGGGCGUGGAUGGCAUAUACAAGAAAGCUCUUCAGGAAGCUGCAGUGAGAUUUGAAGAAUUGAAGGCACAAAAAGAAUUAAGACAGCUCCAGGAAGACAAAAAGAAUGACAAGAAACCUCCUCCCUACAAACACAUCAAGGUGAACCGGCCAGUGGGCAAGGUGCAGAUCUUCACUGCAGACCUGUCCGAGAUCCCACGCUGCAACUGCAAGCCAACAGAUGAGAACCCCUGCGGCCUGGACUCGGAGUGCAUCAAUCGCAUGUUGCUCUAUGAGUGCCACCCCUUGGUGUGCCCUGCUGGCGAGCGCUGCCAGAACCAGUGCUUCUCCAAGCGGCAGUACCCUGAGGUACAGAUUUUCCGCACGCUGGCACGAGGCUGGGGCUUGCAAGCCAAAACAGACAUCAGAAAGGGUGAAUUUGUCAAUGAGUAUGUUGGGGAGCUAAUUGAUGAAGAGGAGUGCCGAGCCCGAAUCCGCUAUGCUCAGGAGCAUGACAUCACCAAUUUCUACAUGUUGACACUGGAUAAGGAUCGGAUCAUCGAUGCUGGGCCGAAGGGCAAUUACGCUCGGUUCAUGAACCACUGCUGCCAGCCAAACUGCGAGACUCAGAAGUGGUGUGUGAACGGCGACACCCGCGUCGGGCUCUUUGCACUCGUGAACAUCAAAGCUGGGACUGAGCUGACUUUCAACUACAAUCUGGAGUGUUUGGGAAAUGGCAAGACCGUUUGUAAGUGUGGUGCCCCAAACUGCAGUGGCUUCCUAGGAGUACGGCCAAAGAGCCAACCCACUGUCACUGAGGAAAAGUCCAAGAAGCUAAAGAGACGGCCGCAGAUGAAGCGCCGGUCGCAGGCGGAGGUGAUGAAGGAGCGAGAGGAUGAGUGCUUCAGCUGUGGGGACGGGGGGCAGCUGGUUUCUUGUAAGAAGCCAGGCUGCCCCAAGGUAUACCAUGCGGACUGCCUCAACCUGACCAAGAGACCUGCAGGAAAAUGGGAGUGCCCAUGGCAUCAGUGUGAUGUGUGUAGUAAGGAAGCCGCCUCCUUCUGUGAGAUGUGCCCCAGGUCCUUCUGCAAGCAGCACCGGGAAGGCAUGCUCUUCAUCUCUAAGCUGGAUGGACGUUUAUGCUGCACAGAGCAUGAUCCCUGCGGGCCCAACCCUCUAGAGCCGGGAGAAAUUCGUGAGUAUGCGCCUCCCAUAGAAGCCCUGGCUGAUGGUGAGGACACCCAACCACCAGAGCAGCCACCUGCAGACACAGACCUGAGUGUUCAGCCUGUGGACAGCCUACCUCAGCCUGUGGCGCUCAGAUUGCAGUCACCAGAAAAGCCUCCUGCUACCCUAGCGCUGAGGCUGCCACCAACAGACAAGCCCCCCACCACCGUAGCCCUGAAGUUGCAGCCGUCAAACAAGCCCCCCACCACCCUGGCCCUUAGGCUACCUCCACCAGACAAACCACCUGCCACCCUGGCACUGAGACUGCCACCAUCAAAUAAACCCCCCACAACCUUGUCACUGAGGCUGAAGCCAUCCAACAAACCCCCCACCACCCUGUCGCUCCGGCUGCAGCCUUCAGACAAACCUCCCACCACCCUGUCACUCCGCCUGGAGCCGUCGGACAGGCCCCAGGCUGCCCUGUCCCUAAGGCUGCAGCCAGAGAAGGAGCCUGUCAUCUUGGCACUGAAGCCUCAGGAGCCUGACAAACCUCCUACCAACUCAGUGCUGUGGCCGCUGGAUGAGGCCUCCAGUGAGGAUGCCUCACAGCCUCAUCUGCAGAGCAAAUCUCCAGGAACUCCACCAUUGUUGGACGAGUCACUUGUUAGUGCUGGUGCCCUGCAGCUCCAGCUGUCAGAUGAGCCUGAGGCUGCCCCUGGGGUUUUGGGGUUAUCACCCAACUCUCUAAUUGACACCAGGACCCAGCAGUCUGAACUGCUGGAUGAGUUCCCAACAAAAUGUGUGCACCCACAACUGUCAGACAGACUUCUCGCCACGGUGGAGACCCUGCAGUCCGAACCAGAGGACGAGCCUCCUGCCGACGAUCAGCUUCAGCCAUUGGACAAAAUCUCUGCUCAGAGCCUGCAGCUUCGGUCUAUGGAAAAGGCUUCCAGCUCUGUGGAACCACCGGUCCCAGAACUGGAGAUGGCACCCAGUCCUGGCAUCCUGUGGCCUCUGCCCCUUGAAAAAGUCCCUGGCUCCCCAGUCUCAAGGGUCCUGCCAAUGGAGGCGGCUUCGGGAUCAGCUGUGCCACGAACCCCAUCUCCAGAGAAGGCUUCCUUCUCUGGGCUAGCACGGGUCCCAUCCACAGAGAAUGUUCCCAGCUCUGGGGUGCCAUGUCCCCUGCCUCUGGAGAAGGCUCCUGCCUCAGGGAUGCCACGGGUGCUGCCCACAGAGAAGGCUUCAAACUCGGGGCUGCCACGGCCCCUGCCUCCAGAGAAGACUUCUGGCUCUCGGUCACCACACGUCCUGCCCGUGGAGAAGGCUCUUGGCUCAGGGGCCUUGAGGAUCCCACUCACACAGAAGGCUCUCACCCCCGGUAUGCUGCGGCCUGUGCCUCCAGAGAAGGCUGCCGACUCUGGGGCCCUGCGGGUCCUGCCUCCAGAGAAGGCUCUUGGCUCUGGAGUGGCUCGGCCUCAGCUCUUGGAGAGGCCUCUCACCCUUACAGCCCCGUGGCCUCAGGCAUCAGAUAAGCUGGCUGCUGCUGUGGCUCCUCGGCCUCAGGCCUUGGACAAGCCUCUGGCUAUGUCAGCUCCAAGGCUGUUGCUGUCAGAGAAGGCACUGCGGCCCGUCGACCAGAAUGCUCAGCUGAAGGAGAGAGGAGCCUCAGCCGUGGAGCUGAGUCCCCAGCAGAAAGAGAGGACCAUGUUAGCUGGUGAGCAAAUCUCUUGGUCUGCUGGGAAAGCAGUGACACAUGUCGGACAGGUCUCUUGGCCUAUAGAGAAACUACAGACGCAUGAGCAAACUCACUGGCCCACUGCAAAAGCCCUGACGCCUGCAGAGCAGCCUCCUCGGACAGCAGAGAAACUACCAGAGCCGACCCUUCAGCCCAGCUGGGAAGUUGCCUCAGCCCCUGCAGAGCAAACCCCUUGGACAUCAGAGAGAUUGUGUGCGUUCGAGCAGACCCCUCGGCCAGCCAGGGAAGCGCCGGUGCCCCCGGAGCAGAUGCAGUGGCUUGUGACAAACAUUCAGACAAUUGACCAGAUUUCUUGGCUGAGUGGAAAACCACAGACUCCUCGGGGGCAGGACCCUUUGCCUGAACAAAACACAGCGCUGGCCCGUAACCAGGAUUCUGUCUGUCGUGAGUUGGCCGACUCAGAGCCAAAGUGAGGUUGGUGAAUAUGGGAGGCAGGUUUCAGUCUUUUAAUGUUUAGGGAGGGGGAAUCUUUGUUUUAUUUUGUUUUGGGUUUUUUUUCAUUCACUUCCCUGAGCCCAGCCCCUGACCCGUGCACAUCACAUCCAUAUUCUCUUGUGACAUGAGCAAGGACAUUCUCUAAGCCCAAGUGUGGCCCAGCCAAAGGGAGAGAGCAUUCGUGACCUUUUCUUUUUUACAAACAGUGAAGCUGCUGAAAUAAAGAGUCCACUCCGGGUAAAAAUCACUUAAUUCCAUUGAAAUGGUCACAUUUUACUGAUUCAGUGUGUUCAAGCUCCAGCUCUGAUUUGUAGGGGGUUCCCAGGUACAGCUAGGGAGCUUGCUCUUCAUGCAAAGGAAGCAGAUCAGUCUGGGACUGGAGAUGUUUCAGGGGUCAGGCAGUGAGCAGUCAGGUGUAUGCCCUUGCCAUGCUUUGGUAGAAGCAGGAAAGGGGUUUAUUUCUUGUCUGCCUGGGGUCUCUCCCUACAGGGUGUUGUUCUGUGAGGUUUGUCCAUAUGCUCGCUGGGAUGUGCUGUGUGCAUGGUUCACUGAAGGACAGGUAUCAUCUCCAGCCAAGCUGGGAGAGGAGCCCUCUGUGCUCACGCAGUGCAGUUUUCUCCAGCAACAGGCAAUAUCCAUUUGGGCUUCUUUGUACAAAGCAGCAUCUGGCCAAGCCCAAGAAACAGGGAAUCUGAAGGAGUUCAGGGAAAAGAGUUCUUGGAAGAAACCAUCUGGCUUUUUUUUGUUCUUAUGUGUUAAUCUUUUAGCACAGGACACACAGUGUUUCCUGCACUUAAAAAGCAUUGUGACCUAUGAAACAGCAAUAGGAGCAUAGGGCAGGGUGAGUUUCCCCAAGGUGCUGAGCACCACCCUGGCAGGGUGGUGGUGCUCCCUUUCAAAUUUCCAUCCAGUCUAUUCUUCUGUUGUCACCAUGAGCCUGCAGACUGAGCAGUUUUUCUCCCCUUACCUCAAACGUGUUCAGGACAUGUCUCCAUCACACCUGGUCUUCUCAGCAGCAGGACGUGCUGCCGGGCAGCGAGCAAAGCCUGUUCCGUUCACUACACAGCAUGGAGGCAAGAUGGCCAUAGCUGUCAGGACCCACCUCAACACCUUCCUCUUGGGUAGCUUCUGGCCUAACUCUUCUACAACCAAAGGAGACUUGAAUUAACUGGACUGUGUUGGUGUGCAUGUGUGUGUGUGCGUGUGUCCUUCCAACUGAAUAGUAGUUCUCACACUGGAACGCAGUGGGCUCCAGCAGCUGGCUGGCUUUCUUUUUUCCCCCCUCUUUUCCAGUUAAGAUGCUUAGCACCUGGUUUUGCCAGGCUGGUGUCCAGACUAGGCCUGCUGAAAGCCAUUUACUCAAGCUUUGAGGCAGAAAUUCACUUGGCUAUGGUACUCAUGAGGCAAUCAGUAGAAUCCUAGGGACUUGCAGAGUAGCAUUUGCGACCACCAGCACCCUCGCUGGAAGGACAGGCCUCCCUGGGUGACAUGGCUCAGUCUGGGUGGGUUCUUUGUCCUGCCAAGGAAGCACUGCUGACCAGCUCACUCACCCACUCUCACAGCAUAUUACCUCUGUGGUUUGCCAAUCCAGGUGCCACAGCCUCAGGUCUCCAUGCCUGCCACCAGACCCUUGCGCAGCUCCAGUGUAUCAUUCUCCAGACACACCCUUGGGUCCCUGCCUGGAAAGGGAACAUGGGGUUUGAGGCUGACCCUCUUCCUCUGUUAUGGGAGCAGGUCCUUGUUCCCACCUGGUUUGCAAGUGCCUGCUGCUGCCAGAGCAGAUGGUGAUGAGCUUUGCAGUUUUCUAUGAAGGGAGGCAGACACUUGUACUGAGACAAAUCCUGACCCAUUCUCCUUUCCUGAUGUGAGCACCCCAAGACAACACCCUGCUGUAAAGGCCAGGUGUGCUGGGCAUGAGGGGACGUUACCAGUGCUAUGGUGCAUCUCUUUUCUAGUCCAAAUCAUUUCAGAUCCUUUGUAGAAUAGCUGUUGACUUCAAAAGCUUUGUGGCUUAUGGAAACUUACUGUUUAAUGUUGUUUUUUUCCGGGAAGACUGGCAGGUCAGUUUCUGCUCGCUGCUGAAACUGGGGAAAUGCAAGCAGCUUGUGUUUCUGUGUGACUCCUGCACAAAGGGAAUCAGGACAACUCCUCAGAGCCGUUGAGAGAGAAGAUAACCUAAGGGCAUUCAUAACUUUUUUUUUUUU